AUGGGACAAAUCAAGCACAGCCAUGUACAAAUAAGAGGACAGAUAUUGGCACUGAUUUACAAUGGAUUCUUGUAUCCAGGUCCAAAGGUGGUGUUGUUCCCUCAUGGAUUCCCAGAAAUCUGGUACACUUGGAGGCAUCAGAUGAUUGUUGUUGCUGAUGCUGGUUAUGGAACAAUUGCUAUGGGAGCUUCAAGAAGCUUCUUUCUUGCAUCGAUUUCACUUGCUCGAUUGAUGGCCAAGUUGGACCAUUUUGGCCGGCUAGAGAUCAAGACAGUUAUAAGAAACAUCUGCAUUCUCUUCUCUGGAGCUGAGCUACCAAUAGCUAGAGAUGACCAAGAGAUCAUGGACUUGGUCGAUCCUUCUACUCCUCUAACACCAUGGUUCUCUGAGCAAGAUCUUGCAGUUUAUUCAUCUUUAAUUGUAUGUGAACUCAGAAUUCCGUUUUCCAUUACAAGAGUAGACUGUGGAGAAACGUCAAGCAUUGACUGCAUCCUAAAGAUGCCUGGCGUGAAGGAGGGCGUAAAGGAGUGGACAAGCAAAGAGUUUUGA